CUCUCCCCGCCGAGCCGAGCCGCGCCACUGCCGCCGCGCCCGCGUCCCUCCGCGUCGCUGCUCCCGGCGGGCAGGGCAGGGCAGGGCAGGGCAGGGGGGGAACCGAGCCGCGGCGGCCGCCCAUGUGCCGUGCGCCGCCGGCCUGAGCCUGCACACAAAGGCGCGCCGGGAGGCGACAGGCCGCGCCUGGCAGCGCCGCCCAUGCCCCGUGCGCAGCCCCUGGCGGCGGCCCGGCCCCGGGCCAUGAGGGCGGCGUAGCUCCGACACCGCCGCGCUCGGCCCGGCCCGGCGCGGCCCGGGGGCAGCCGCGAACCGGGGCGGGAGGUGGGCGCGGCGCGGCGCGGCCCGGUAUGGCAGGAGGAGGCGGCGCCCUCUGCCGGGCGGGUGGGCGCCCCCCGCCGUUCCUGGUGCUUCUGGUGCUUCUGGUGGGGGCGGCGACGGGCGAGGAGAUCAACGCGGAGGCAUGGCUGCGGCUCUACGGCUACCUGCCGCAAACCAGCCGGCAGCUGUCCACCAUGCGCUCGGCAGAAACCUUCUCUGCGGCCCUCGCCGAGAUGCAGAAGUUUUACGGCAUCACUGUCACCGGCGUCCUGGACGAGGAGACCAAGGCGUGGAUGAAACGUCCCCGCUGCGGGGUCCCGGACCAGAUCGGGGCACGGAUGAAGUCCAACAUGCGGCGGAAGCGGUACGCACUGACGGGGCGGCGCUGGAACCAGAGCCAUCUUACCUUCAGUAUCCAAAACUACACGGAGAAACUGGGUCGGUACCACUCAUACGAGGCCAUCCGCCGAGCUUUCCGGGUGUGGGAGGAAGCCACGCCGCUGGUUUUCCGGGAGGUGCCCUAUGAGGACAUCCGGCAGAAGCGGAAGAAGGAGGCUGACAUCAUGGUGCUCUUCGCCUCUGGUUUCCAUGGAGACAGCUCCCCCUUUGAUGGUGUUGGGGGCUUUUUGGCUCACGCCUAUUUUCCUGGCCCUGGUAUGGGGGGUGACACGCAUUUUGACUCAGAUGAGCCCUGGACGCUGGAGAACACAGAUGUGUCUGCAGGGAACAACCUUUUCUUGGUGGCUGUGCACGAGCUGGGGCACUCGCUGGGCUUGGAGCACUCCAGUAACCCCAGCGCUAUCAUGGCCCCCUUCUACCAGUGGAUGGACACGGAGAACUUCCAGCUGCCCGAAGAUGACCUCAAGGGCAUCCAGCAGCUGUACGGUACUGCAGAUGGACACCCUCAGCCCACCAAGCCUUUGCCCACCGUGACACCCUGGAGACCUGGCAGGCCAGACCAGAGGCCUCCUAAACCACGCCCCCCGGGGAAACCAGAUCGUCCCCCCAAACCUGGCAGCCCAGACCGACCUGACCAGUAUGGCCCUGACAUCUGUGACGGGAACUUUGAUACGGUGGCGGUGCUGCGUGGGGAGAUGUUUGUGUUCAAGGGCCGGUGGUUCUGGAGGGUCCGUCACAACCGGGUGCUGGACAACUACCCCAUGCCCAUCGGGCACUUCUGGCGGGGCCUCCCCGGAGACAUCGAUGCCGCCUACGAGAGGCAUGAUGGGAGGUUCGUCUUCUUUAAAGGUGACCGGUACUGGCUCUUCCGCGAAGCCAACUUGGAGCCCGGGUACCCACAGCCCCUGGUCACCUACGGGCAGGGCAUUCCCUACGACAGCAUCGACACAGCUGUCUGGUGGGAACCCACGGGGCACACCUUCUUCUUCCGUGGGGACAGAUACUGGCGCUUUAAUGAGGAGACCCGCGCGGUGGACCCUGGGUACCCGAAGCCCAUCUCUGUCUGGGUGGGCAUCCCUCCCUCACCCAAGGGUGCCUUCCUCAGCCCGGAUGCCUCCUCCACCUACUUCUACAGAGGCACAAAGUACUGGAAAUUUGACAAUGAGCGGCUGAAGACAGAGCCGGGUUAUCCCAAAUCCAUCCUACGGGACUUCAUGGGCUGUCACACGGAGCUGGUCCCCGACCCACAUCCCCACUGGCCCGAUGGGGACCAACCUCCCUUCAACCCCAAUGAGGGUGGGCGGACGGAAGGAGAGGAGGAAGAAGAGGAGGAGGAGGAGGAAGACGAGGAGGAUUAUGGCGAGGGUGGCCGCCAGCCGGGCGGGGACGUGGACGUGGUGGUGCAGAUUGACGAGUACACGCGCACCAUGAGUGUCGUCAUGGUGCUGGUGCUGCUGGUGCUGCUGCUCUGCAUCCUCGGCCUCAUCUACGUCAUCGUUCAGACGCAGAGGAAGGGCGCACCCCGAAUGCUCUUGUACUGCAAGCGCUCCUUGCAGGAGUGGGUCUGACCCCGGCCCCCUCCCCAAACCGCCCCCACCACCAUGGUGCUAACAAUGGACCUGACCUCCCUUUCCCCUCCCCACCACCUUGGCCCCUCUUGCCCCGUUGUUGCUUGGUGGCUCCCGUCUCAGAAAAGGGGGAUGCCCCCCCCACAGCCCCUCCAGAGCAGCAGGGCUGGAACUGGGGGAUGGUCAUGGGGGGGGCUGGAGGGUAUCCAGGUCCUGCCUGCUCCCUGGCAGCUGUCCCCCUUCCCCAGCUGUGACCCUCAAGUUGCCACCCGUCAUGCUGCGCCUGCCUCUGCUAAAGGGUCCCAGCAGGGUCCCCUCCUCCCACGCUGUGCCUGUGCCACAUGGGGUGGUGGGCAGGUUGGGGGCUGCUCACAAGUGCUACAAGCUGGCAGGUCUCAGCUGUCGGCACCUGCAAUGGCGGGGAAGUGUGAGGGAAAGGGAGGGCCAGGCUCGCAGCUACGUUUCCUGUUGAACUGUGGGAAUACAAGGAUGUAGUGCCUAAAGAUCACAUGAGGUGGGAGAUGCCAACUUUGCAGCUCCCCGCAUGGGCUCAGCUCAGCCCAGACGCCGCUACCAUGGGGAAAAGCCCUGUGGACGCGAGGUCCUGUGGUCAGGGCAGCGAGCACGGCCGCCUUGUACGUUUAUUAAAUGGGUCGGGUGUGUGGAGA